AUUCGCGUGACAAUAUCAGACACGUUGUAAAUCACCAUAUUCUCCAUCAUCGUCUUGAGAUUCCUAAUCUGCACCAACGACUGUCUAAAUCUACAUGGGAGAGGAUGAUAGGAGUUUUAACGCGAAUUGGUGAGAAAGUAUUUGAAAAGGUUGUCGGUAAGAGUAAAGCGGCGGAUAGCAGACAACAGAAAGAGGAAGAAGAGGAGAAGGGUGUUGAAGUGUUUGGAAAAAGUGAUGAAAGUGAAGAUAACGGAAUCUAUUUUGAAAGUAUUACAAUCAAAGAUGAAAAGCCAAACAUUGAUAACUUGGAUCCCAUUAAUCCAAAGAGUGGCGUGAACGUCGAUUCAAAUGAUAAUUUCAACGCUAGCCCUGAUGUUCGACCAACAGAACCUACACCCAUUGGUGCUACAUCAUCCAUGGCUUCUUCCUUACCAAUGUCUUCCUCAUUGCCAACGUCUUCCUCUCAGUCCAGCCUUUCAACAUCGGUCCCUCUAAGUACGUUAUUUGCAUCCUUGUUCAUGGUAUAUUACGUAAUUCUUCGCGUCCGACUUUGGAAUGCAAGAAUGAAAACAAAUGUAUAUGUUGGAGAUGGUACAACAGAAAUGAUCAGAAUGGAUCGAGGAGAUAAUCGAAGGCGGAAAAGAGAACAAGGUGAGAUACGCGUGUAUGAAGAUAUUUGGGGAGCGGAUUGUUUAAGGAAAGCGAAUUAA